AUGACUUCAUUGUUGAUCUCUCCUCCUUCGGUAAUCCUGAAGCGAGGUGUGAUUAAUGCGAGAUUUGAUCAAUAUAAUGGUGGUGGAAGAAGUAAGAAUAUGGUGGAUGAGAAUAUGAUUGUUUUGAGAAUGCGUAUUAAAGAUAUGAAAAUAUUAGAAACUGAAAAAUCAGGACCACCUUCAAAUUGGAUGGGAUGGGAGAAGAAGUACUUUGCACAUUACAACGAAGACAUUUGUGAAGCUAUUGGAUUGUUACAGAUGUACUUGAUGGAAACUAGGCCAGCUUUGGCUAUGGGGAUGUUAGGGCUGAUUUGUUUGAGUCUCUCCCUUUCAACUUACUCCAUGGUUCAGCAACUCAUGGAAAUAGCCAAGUUUAUUCUUCAACCUAAUUAA